CGCACUCCAAGACGUCAUUAUUAGUCGCCUCGGCUAAAACAUGUUCGUCAUGUAUGUACGACAGUACAGAUAUUUGAGAAAAUAACGUUAUGUUGGAAUGUAAAACGUAGUAAUACAUGACAUUCAGUGGCAUCUGAGCACUUUAUCAUCUUUGAACCUGCAUCAGAACUACAACAGCGGCUCUGGUUAAUGGGAUCGUUGUCCGGUGCUUCAUCAGUCCAGCGGCAUGAAUCAUGGGUAUGGUAAUAGACGUGGUCGGAGAGGAGGGGGUCGGCGGUUCGGAGAUGGAGGUUCCAGGUGGGAUGGAGCGGCUGGAUCCAGCGGAGGUGGAGGAUACACGAGGAGCUCCGACUGGGACUCAAGGGAAGAGCAGGGACAUGGAGGGGGACGAGGUGGAGGUGGAGGAGGAGGAGGAGGAGGAGGUGGUGGAAGAGGCAAACAUCCACCCCAUUUGAAGGGUCGAGAAAUAGGACUGUGGUAUGCCAAAUGGGGUGGAAUCAAAAGAUCUGAGGCAGAGAGGAAAUCUAGGGCUGUUGUUCAGAUGGAUGAACAACGAGAGCAGCACAUUACUCAGCUGCUGAACUCUGUCCAGAGAGAUGCAGGCAGAGACGCACACCCGUCUACAUCUCAGAGCUGGAGGGUGAAGGAGGAGCCCAGUGGCCACAGUUACUUUGAUGGAGAUGAUCCUCCAGAACCUCAGAACAUUGUAAAAGUGCCAAAAAUUGAGCCUAAAGAGGAGAAAGAGGAGAAACGGGAGAAUGAGGAUGAGUUGGGAGCAAGUGUGAAAGAGGAACUUAAUGACACUGACCUGGAGUACUUAUCCCAAGAUGUUGGGCGGAUACCCUCCCUGGAUGAGGAGCUCAAGAAAGAUCAGAAGAAGAAAAACGAUAAUGCUAGAUACCUUGAUAUGCUGAAAUUCAGAGAGAAGCUGCCUUCCUAUGGGAUGAGAGAGGAGCUGAUUAGGCUAAUCAGUACUAACCAGGUACUGGUAAUCAGUGGAGAGACUGGCUGUGGGAAGACCACCCAGGUUACUCAAUUCAUCCUUGAUGACUUCAUUGAGAGGGGCAUGGGCUCUCUCUGCAGGGUGGUUUGCACACAGCCAAGGCGUAUCAGCGCCAUAUCUGUUGCAGAGAGGGUGGCUGCAGAACGGGCAGAGGCUGUGGGAGAGGGGAAGUCCUGUGGGUAUCAGAUCCGUCUGCAAAGUCGGUUACCACGGAAACAAGGCUCAGUGUUGUAUUGUACUACAGGCAUUAUUCUUCAGUGGCUCCGCUCAGAUCCAUAUCUUUCAAGCAUAAGUCAUCUGAUCCUGGAUGAAAUUCAUGAGAGGAGUCUUCAGUCUGAUGUUCUUCUCACCAUCGUGAAUGACCUGUUAACCGCUCGAGAGGACCUAAAAGUAGUCCUCAUGAGUGCCACGCUUAACGCUGAGAAAUUCAGCAAAUAUUUCAAUAAUUGUUCCAUGAUCCAUAUUCCUGGAUACACAUACCCAGUGAAAGAGUACUUGCUGGAGGAUGUGGUGGAAUUGCUUAGGUUCAAGCCACAACAUCAGAACCGCAGACCUCGCUAUAGGAGAGGAUUUAUGCACGGCCAGAAUGUACGGCCAGAGAAAGAACAGAAGGAGGCCGAAUACCGCGAGAGCUGGCCCUGCUUCGCCCGUACGCUCCGAGAUCGGUAUUCAGACAGCACCAUUGAUGCGCUGGAGAUGAUGGAUGAUGAUGACAAGAUCAAUCUGGAGCUUAUCGUAGCAUUGAUCAGACACCUCGUGAUGAAAGAGGAUGAUGGAGCGAUUCUAGUGUUUCUUCCUGGAUGGGACAACAUCAGCACCCUGAAUGAUAUUCUCAUGGCUGACCAGAUGUUUAAAUCAGAUCGGUUUAUCAUCAUCCCACUCCACUCUUUGAUGCCCACAGUGUCUCAGACUCAGGUGUUCAAAAAGCCGCCCUUGGGAGUGCGCAAGAUCGUGAUCGCUACCAACAUCGCAGAAACCAGUAUCACAAUAGAUGAUGUAGUGUACGUGAUAGAUGGAGGGAAGAUUAAAGAAACUCAUUUUGACACCCAGAACAAUAUCAGGACCAUGACAGCAGAGUGGGUGAGCUUAGCCAACGCCAAACAGAGGAAAGGCCGUGCUGGCAGAGUGUCUCCUGGGAAAUGCUAUCACCUGUAUAAUGGACUGAGGGCUAGCCUCCUGGAUAACUACCAGUUACCUGAGAUCCAACGCACUCCACUGGAAGAGCUUUGCUUGCAAAUAAAGAUACUGAAAUUGGGACCCAUUGCGUCUUUCCUGCGAAAAACCAUGGACCCCCCGUCAGACAAAGCGAUAGAGCUGGCCAUCACACACCUGGUGGACCUGAAUGCUCUAGACCGGAAUGAAGAGUUAACUCCAUUAGGAUUUCAUCUCGCCCGAAUGCCUGUAGAGCCUCACAUAGGAAAAAUGAUUCUGUUCGGGGCUCUUCUGGGCUGUUUGGACCCUGUGCUUACUAUUGCGGCCAGCCUCAGCUUUAAAGAUCCCUUCUUCAUACCGCUGGGAAAGGAGAAGAUUGCGGACCAGAGGAGGAAAACGCUCUCCCAAAACUCUAGAAGUGAUCAUCUCGCUAUUGUCAAUGCGUUUUGGGGCUGGGAGGAUUCUAAGAAACAGGGCAGCAGGUUUGAGAGGGAAUACUGCUGGGAAAACUUCCUUUCUGCCAACACGCUACAGAUGCUUCAUAAUAUGAAGGGUCAGUUUACGGAGCAUCUUUUGGCAGCUGGCUUUGUGAAUAGUAAGGAUCCUAAAGAUCCCAGCUCUAAUAUCAACUCAGAGAAUGAGAAGCUGAUUAAGGCUGUGAUCGUUGCGGGUUUGUACCCUAAAGUGGCCAAGAUUCGCCCCAACCAUAGUAAGAAGAGACCAAUGCCAGUGAAGGUGUACACUAAGGCUGAUGGGAAAGUGUGUAUCCACCCUAAAUCUGUCAAUGCAGAGGAAACUCAGUUCCACUACACAUGGCUCAUUUAUCACCUGAAGAUGAAGACCACCAGUAUCUUCCUCUAUGACUGCACUGAAGUGUCUCCAUUUUCAUUGUUGUUUUUUGGAGGAGAUAUUUCCAUCCAGAGGGACCAGGAACAAGAGACAAUCGCUGUGGACGAGUGGAUCGUGUUUCAGUCCCCGGCACGCAUUGCUCACCUCGUCAAGGAUCUGAGGAAGGAGCUGGAUAUGUUACUGGAGGAAAAGAUAAAGAGUCCAAGUCCUGUGGUCUGGAGUGACCGGGGGUCUAAAGAUUGUGCUGUUCUCUCCGCUAUAAUAGACCUCAUCACAACUGAGGAAACCCCUGCUGGAGGCCCCAGGAGAGGCAGCCAGUGACCAAUAGGA